AUUAGAGAUACUAAUUCAGGUGCACUAACCGUGUGCAUUUUUGUGAAGCUGUUUGUAAAAAUUGCAUCUGAGUAACAACUCUUUCAAGUAGUGCUAAGGUGGUGUAUUGUCCUACGGAGCUUCCACCUCCAUGUAAAAAUAGAAGAUUCAUGCUUUGUGAAGGUGAAAAAGCCACAUGAAAAUAUUUGUUUCGAUAAAUGAAUAUCAAGGGUUGGCUGGAAGAAGCACUAAUGAAAUAUUGCAGCUCUAUGCUGCUCAUGGCCAGCAGAUGAAAUUGCAGAGGAUUUCUGUUGUAACCCAGCUGCAUGGAGCAAUAAAGAGGCUUAAGCAAGACCUGAAGAGCCUUCAUUCAUUUGCUCUUGAGCUUUCAAAAGACUUUCAACAUCAAAGCAAGACUUGUCUUUACCAAGUUCUGGCAGCAGUCCAGGGAAUACAGCUGCAGAAUGAAGCAAUGCAAAAGUUUCAGAUAAAAGCUUUUGAUCUUGAGCAGUCUCUACAAGAGGUGACAGAGAGGUUUGAGAAAGAAAAGCAGAAGAGGAAGGCUCUACAUAACAGUUUAAUUGAACUGAGAGGAAAUAUCAGAGUCCACUGCAGGAUUCGACCAUUGCUACCUUUUGAUGAUGCUACUGGACAUUCAGUAUCACAAGACAGGCAAAGAAACUUUUCCGAAAAAGCAGCAUAUGCAGCUGAUGAUGAAACCGUCCUUGUCAAGUGUAGCCGUCCUGGUCAUGCCUCAGUAAACAAGACUUUUCAGUUUGAGAGAGUUUACAGUGAUUUGGAGUCUCAAGAUGCAGUAUUUGCAGAUGUGGCCCCUUUGCUUACAUCUCUCCUUGAUGGGUACAAUGUUUGUAUCAUGGCUUAUGGGCAAACUGGAAGUGGGAAGACAUACACAAUGUUGGGACCACAGUCAGAGGGGAACUUAGCAUUCUCCAUAGAAGAGGAAUCAGAACUUGGAAUUAUUCCUCGAGCUGCCCAAGAAAUGUUCAGGCUUAUUUCAGAAAAGCCACCAGGAAGUUACUGGGUUGAGGUUUCUGUUGUAGAAGUGUAUAAUAAUGAAAUUUUUGAUCUUCUGGCCAAAGACAGCUAUGGAAAAGUGUUUGGCGUCAAACGUGAUGUUGUCACAACCAGAGAAGGGAAGAGCGAUGUGCCACUGCUGACGCACGUGACUGUUGAAAAUGCAUCUGAAUUUUUGCAUCUAGUCGAGAAAGGCCUACAGCUGAGAGUCACACACCCAACACUGGUGCAUGCUCAUUCCUCUCGGUCUCAUCUGGUCGUGACAUUGACCAUAACCACAGUUGUCUUUGGAGAUAACUUUGGUACUUUAUGGGAAAAUGAACAAACCAGUCAGAGACUACAUAAAGAGUCUUCCUGCACUUUUCCACAAAAAGUGGGAGAGAGUAAAUCUGCCUCUUCUUCCAGAGCCUCUUCACCAGUGCAGCUUGAAGCAACUGAGAAAAUGAAGCAAGUCAAAACGAGACUGCAGCUGGUAGACCUGGCUGGGAGCGAGUGUGUCGGUCUGUCUGGAGUGACAGGGGCAGCACUGAGAGAGACCUCCUUUAUUAACCGCAGCCUGUCCGCCCUGGCCGACGUUCUGGGAGCCAUAGCAGAGCAGCGAGCUCACAUCCCAUACCGGAACAGCAAACUUACACAUCUGCUUCAGGACUCCGUAGGAGGUGAUGCUAAACUGUUGGUGAUGCUGUGCAUCUCUCCUGGCCAGAAGUACUUAACAGAAUCACUGCAGUCUCUGGGAUUUGGAACUCGUGCUCGGCAAGUUCAGAGAGGACAAGUCAAGAAAAAAAAUUUCCCAGUGCCGAGUAAAGGAAAAUAGAACCUAAGACUCCUGUGGAUUUAAGUGUCAUUAAUGAGUUCCUUAGACCGAAAUAUGUUUUGUUGUCCUUAAGCCAUUCUUUUAGAUAUCGACUGCCAGAUAAAAUAAACAAUCCUCAACAUGGCCUUAGUAAGCAAUAAACCUGCUAAUGAUGUUCUUGCUCCAAAGAUAAUAACAAGUACUGACAACAGCUACCCACCAUGGUGGAAUGGUAGAGAAAUAAACUGGAAGACAGGGCUUUGGUGGUGUGUUUCCUUACUUCUACCUGCCAUAAGUCAACAGGGCCCUGAUUUGGGAUGAUUCACUUCUGAAAGGCCAAGGAUGCAUUCUGUCUUCUCAGUAGAAGGCAGGAGACUAAAUAUCAUUCCAGCGCUUUAAAGCAGCAGUGAAAUACUUCCUCCCAGCUUGGAUUAAAAUGGCACACUCCAUUUUUUGACUGCUCUUCUGUCUAGCAUGGAUGGGGUCAUUCCUAAUGCACUAGCAGCAGGUAGGAGUGUAAAGGAACCCAUCAGCUGUACUGAAUGGAGUUUUGUUCUCUGGUUUUAGGGA